AUGGGCUUAUCACUCAAGAAGAAGUCGCGCAGGCAGCCGGUUCGUCAGCGGCACCGAGUUACAAAGAAAGUCGCUGAGCACAACCGCAAGACAAAAAAGGCCGACAAGAAGGAUGUGACGUGGAAGUCAAAGCUCAAGAAAGAUCCAGGAAUCCCAGCGAGCUUUCCCUACAAGGACAGACUGUUGGCGGAGAUAGAAGACCGAAAACGUGAAGCCCAGCAAGCAAAGCUAUCUCAGCGUGAGGAGCAGAGAGCCGCUAAGCGCGCCCUCAAAACAGCUCAAGGAGAUUCGAUGGCGAUGCAAGUAGACGGCAAUUCUGAUUCCGAUUCAGACGAAAUGUCCGUCGACGACGAAACACAAGGCACAUCGCUUGCCGAUUUCGCCGCCUCAAUCGCCAAGCGCAAUGCGCAGGCGAAUGGCUCCGACGAUGCCAGCGUCGUAGACGGAGAGAGCACCGAUCAGGACGAGGAGUGGACUGGCUUUGACGCUUCGGAGUCAGCUCUCAAGAAGGAGACGUCGAGAAAAAUGUUUGACAAGGAUUUCAAGCAAGUUGUCGAAGAUUCCGAUGUCAUUCUGUACAUCGUCGACGCCAGGGAUCCAGAAGGUACACGCUCUCGGGAAGUCGAAAAGAUGGUUCUCAAUGCCGCUCGAGGUGAGAAGAGACUGAUCUUGGUCCUGAACAAGAUUGACCUAGUACCUCCACCUGUGCUCAAUGGCUGGCUUGCACACCUACGCGAGUCCUUCCCUACACUUCCUAUCAAGGCAUCCAAGACCAUCGCCUCGCAUGCUUACAACCACAAAUCACUGACUACUCAAUCAACUGCAGCCGCACUGCUCAAAUCGCUCAAGGCGUAUUCACAAAAGCGAGCUCUGAAGAGAUCCAUCACAGUUGGUGUGGUUGGCUUCCCAAACACUGGCAAAAGCAGUGUCAUCAAUGCACUUCUAUCACGGACGAACCACAAUAAAGCAGGUCCUUGCGUCACUGGCUCUGAGGCUGGUGUAACCCGAAGUGUGAAGGAGCUCAAACUGGACAGUAAAAUUCGACUCCUGGAUUCCCCGGGCAUUGUCUUCCCGGCAAGUGCAAAUGCAUCUCAGCAGGACGAUCAAGCUCGCCUAGUCCUCAUGAACGCCAUCCCAUCAAACCAAAUAGUGGAUCCAAUACCUGCAGCGACACUUAUUCUAGAACGACUCUCAAGUAACCAGCAAUUGUUUGAUGAAAUGGUCCAGCUGUACAGCCUCCCAGCAAUCAUCAAUCCUGGCGGGAAGAGAGGCGCAACUGACUUUCUUGUUCAAGUAGCCCGCAAAAGAGGCCGGCUAGGUAAGGGCGGCAUUCCGGAUCUUGAGUCUGCUGCGCGUCUGGUAGUCAACGAUUGGUGCGAUGGGCGUUUGGUCUGGUACACGCAGCCUCCAGUGGAGACAUCGACUUCUCCGAGUCAUGCUACGAACACUCACGUUAAAAGUCGGAGCGACUCGGGCCCUUCCGAGACGCAACUCGUGUCCAACUGGGCUGCUGAAUUCGACUUGGGCGACCUUCUGCUUGAAGGCACAGAUGAUUGA